UUUACUUUAUAUUUUGCCCACACCCAAACCUCUUCUCGGUGUAGACUACAAAGUCCAACCACACAAAACGUUUUUUUCUACCCAGGAUAUAGAGUUUUCUACUGAAAAUGUAUAUCUAUCUGGCAAGUUUUAAGAUACUAUUUCACAUUAAAACAUGGAUAUCAGGCUGCAUUUAUAUCAAACAGUUCCACCAACUGCAACUUAUGCUUCAGUGCAAUGGCUGAUAUAAGUAUGCUUCAGCUAUUUAAAGCCUUCUUGGAAAGUACUCCCCAGCUUAUCCUUCAGAUCCACAUUGUGAUGGUAUCUGACGAUUCUACUUUUUCUCAAUAUGUUUCCAUCGCUUUGUCUUUCUGCAGCAUUUCCUGUGCAACAGUGAACUAUCAGAUAGUUUUGCGAAAAUCUCUGCCUGAUAAAAAUGAAUUUAGUGGGGUAUUUUGCAAAUUUAUAUAUCUUUUCUAUAAACUCAUGACAUUAACUUCUUGGAUACUUACCAUUGUCUUACUCUCAAUGUUGAGUAUUAUAGGUUCUAUUGUUCUGCUAAUUUUUCUUUGGUUUGGGAAUCUAAGCUGGGUGAUAAAGCAAAACACUGAAUUUUGUAAAUCCAAAGCAACAGAAUCUGUUUACAGAAUGAUUGUGGCAAUCAUUCUCAUAUUUACCUUUUUUAAUAUCAAGGGAGAAAACACAGCAAUUGUCCAGAGUGUUUAUUAUGUUUUUCGAAUAAUUGUAACUGUAAUUAUACUGUGCAUAUGUGGGUACUGGAAAUCAUUGCUUGAUGAAAAAAUAUAUUUGUCAACAUUGAUUAUUGCAGCUGUGAUCUUCCUAAUAUUAGGUAUUAUUUCUCUUAGUAUAUAUUAUAUUCAUUUUCAUCCUAAUAUUUAUUGCACACAAGAUGAAGUUGAUGGACUAGAAGUAGAAAGAGAAGAGCCCUGCAGAUUUAGUAAAUUUCUGAUACAAUAAAGGAUGCUAGAUUUGGUCCUCAAAAAUAUGUAUCAUUUUGAAAACUUUUAAUUUUCUGCUUCCACUAACUUUUGCAACCCUGACCUAAUAGUCUUACUUGUACAUACAGUAGUGACCAAAAUGGUGGAAACCUUUUGGGAAAAGUGUAUUUUUGAGGUUUUUUUUGGAGUAGUACCAUCAAAUUAUAUAUCAAUGGAAAGAUAAUUUAAUCAAGAAUGUACUGCAGCAAAGUCUGUUCAAUUAUCUGUAUUCUAUAAAAAGUUAUAGUCAAAUAACCAGAAAAAGGAAGCACAAUUUGCUUAGGUUGAUAUAAGGUAGCUUUCCUUCAUCUGAUUGUAGCCAACGAGCAUGAGAGUUUAGAGAGCCAAUCAGGUGUCAUCUUGUUUUGGCUAUGAACCAAUCAGAUCACAGUAGGAUUCAGUUAUUAAUGUCAUGUAUUGAAGCUGAGAGGAGGACAUUUAUCAGUGUGUUAUGUGAUCGCUAUCAUGUUGGUUGGGUGUUUUUUUUUGUAUUCUUUCAUUUAGUAAGCUUGUAAAAUGUAAUAAAAUUAAAGUAAUGGUGCAAAGAGUUGACUGGUCACCCAGAAAGUGAUGUAAAAUAGUAUUAUUAAGUGAACAAGAUUACAGUUAUAAAAAAUUAGAAGAAAAAUUGCUAAAGGGGGCAUUUCUAAGUUUUUGAAGAGGUAUAAUGAAACUCAGUCACUACAAAAUCACACUGGUAAACGCAGGAAAAGGUGCACAACAGCAAGUGAUGAUAGAAUAAUUAAGAGAUUGUGCCUAUGUGAGAGAAGAAAAUCAUCUGGGUGUAUACAAGAUGGAAUGGCUCAAUGCAAUGUGAAAUUGAGUGCAAGGACUGUUCGGCGCAGACGGCAGGAAUUUGGCCUAAAAUCUAGAAUUCCAUGAAAAAAGUCACUUUUAUCUCUCAAGCAAAAGUAGAAAAGACUAAACUGGGCUAAAACAUGUUACCUGGACAUAGGAACAAUGGGACAGUGUUAUUUGGAGUGAAGAGACAAAAUCAAUAAAAUGAUGUUAUUAGCCAUCAAACUUCAAAAAUGCACUUUUCCCAAAAGGUUUCCACAAUUUUGGCCACUAGUGUAUAUAAACUAAGACUGAAAUAUACAGUAUACAUUUUAUAACAAAGCUUGGAGCAGUGUUUAAAAGUCUGAUUUUCAAGACAUUCAAACCAGUGGUGAAAUCCAAUUUUUUUUACUACCGGUUCUGUAGGCAUGGCUUGGUGAGCAUGGUGGGCAAGACAGGGGAAGGAUACUGCAAAAUCUCCAUUCCCAUCCCACUCUGGGGCCAGCCAGAGGUGGUAUUUGCCGAUUCUCCAAACUGCUCAAAAUUUCUGCUACCAGUUCUCCAGAACCUGUCAGAACCUGCUGAAUUUCACCCCUGAUUCAAACCUAUUUUGCUCCUUGACAUUCAGGUAGGAUCAGUGUGUUUGUCAUCAAUUUGUUUUCACCAAAUCUUUUCCCUCAUUCUCAGCUGACUAUCCUUGUUAUGGAGAAAAAGAAGGAAAUAUUAUCCAUUCUUCAUUGAGCUAUGAAAAAUAUUAAUUUAAUCAGUAAAUAAUGGGAGGAUAGUACAUAGUCCUUUUAAUAUUGUCACUAGUAAUAUUUGCCUUUUAAUGUGAAGUCUGAAAGAAUGAGUACAGAUCGUCCUUGAUAUAACAGCAGUUUAUUUAGUGAUCACUAAAAAUGGCACUGAAAAAGUGACUUAUGACCAUUUUUCACACUUACGACCAUUGCAACAUCCUCAUGGUCACAUGUUCCAAAUUCAGACGCUUGGCAACAGAGUCAUAUUUAUGAUGUGCCUCAGGUCAUGUGAUCACCUUCUGACAAGCAAAGUCAGUGGGGAAGCCAGAUUCAUUUAACAACUGUGUUACUAACUUUACAAGUACAGUGAUUCACUUAACAACUGUGAUAAGAAAGGUCAUAACAUGGGGCAAAAUUCAUUUAACAACUGUCUUAAUUAGCAAUUUGGGGCUAAUUGCGGUCAUAUGUCAAGGACUAAGUUGAGGUCUAACAUAUGGACCUAGGGCUCUUGAAUGGCCCCAAGACCCUUUCAGGGACCACAAAAUCAUUAUUUGCCUGCCUAUGUUGAAAAAUAGUACAAUUUUAAAAUCCUAUCAAGAAACAUGACAAGUGGUAGUGUUAGCUUAUGCAUCAUUUUUAAUUUUUUACAGUAAAAAUAGAUAAAUAUAAUCCUCACAAACAAAAUCUCUUUUGAGUCUUCCACAAAAAUGGGAAGGGGUCCUGAAUGAAAAAAAAAAGAUUAUAAAAGACUGAUCUAUGACUUCCUCUAGGAAAGGGAUCUCAAACUCGAUUUCAUUGAGGGCCACAUCAGGGUUGUGUUUGACCUUGGGGGCCCAGGGUGGGUGUGACCUGGGUGGGCAUGAUUGGAGUAGACGUGACCGGCAUGGGCAUGACCAGAGUGGGCAUGGCUAGCUCAAUGUUACUCUUGUGAGCAGCACCUGUGGUGGUCAAGUGCUGAGACGGGACUUCCUUCAGACCCUCCCUCACUCAUUAUAAUUUCCUUCUUUCCUUCCUUCCUUCCUUCCUUCCUUCCUUCCUUCCUUCCUUCCUUCCUUCCUUCCUUCCUUCCUUCCUUCCUUCCUUCCUUCCUUUCUUCCAUUUCUUCUUUUUUCUUCCCUCUUCAUUCUCCUUUCUUCUUCCUUCCCCUCUUUCCUUAUUUUUCCUUCCUUGCUCUCUUACCAUCUUUCCUUCUUUUUCUUUCCUCUUUCCCUUUCUUCUUUGCUGUCCCCUUUUGCAUGAUCAAAUGCAAAAGGGGAAACAUUUCUCGUUUUGUUUUGUUUUCAGCUUGUUUUGCUAGCCCUCUGCCAGCAAGAAUAGAGCCUGGGGUGGCUGCAUGUGGGGCCCCCCCCGGCCCCAUUUUUGGCUGCAACGAAGCCCUCUGCCACCUGCAGCCCUCUGCCAGUGAAAACAGAGCUUGGUGGUGGUGGGGGGCUGUGCACACUCCUGGGACCCAUUUUUGGCCACCACAUCCUUCAGCCCUCUGCCAGUGAAAACGGAGCUCGUUUUCACUGGCAGAGGGCUGCAGGAGGCCAUCAAGGCCAAAAAUGAGGGCCAGGGAGCUGAUCACGGCUGUCUGGGCUCCGUUUUUGCUGGCAGGAGCAGUGCAGGCUGAUCCUUUACUGUUUCCAGGGUAGCCCUGCGGGCCAGAUCUAAAUACCCUGUGAGCCGGAUCCGGCCUGCAAGCCUUGAGUUUGACACCCCUGCUUUAGGAAUUCAAGAAGUUUUGUAUGUUAAAGCCAUAAUAGCAUUUAUUUAGUUUUGCCUACCAUGUGUCAAAAUCUACUAUAUUAUAUGAUUUACAAAAUGUAAAUGUUUCACAAGAGAUGGGAACUAAUGCUGAACUAAUGUAGUAUUGUAUUAAUAAGUAUUCAAUUAGACUGGGAAUAAUAUGUAUGUAUGUGUUUUUUCUGAUGCACCUUUUUAAUGUUUUGGUUGCUUUCUGGUUUGUUUUUUUGGUCUUCUUUUGGAUUUUUUUGGAACUUUGUAUUUGAAUAAAAUAAAAUGUGUAACAAAAAUAUUGUAUG